GGUCGCAUACUGGCUUAACUCUAAAAAUAUCCCCCUGGCCAGAAAAGUAAACAAACAAAAUUCAGUUAAAGUUUGCCCAUUAGCAAAAUCGAAAAUCAGUACGAAAUGCGUUGGCCGUGGAAGCGCACGCUUGGCAUAGCCACGGGCCGAAUUGGGGUGCCUGGCACACGGCCGCAGGCCACGGUGUCCAGCAUUUACGAUCCCAACUGCGACGGAGAUGGGGUCAAGUACACGGCGAAAAAUGGCGACGAUAGCUAUGAGCUGGCACACACGCUCGACAUGGACAUGCAAGGCAGAUACAGUGCACCCAAGGAGGCGCAUUGGCUGCUGCGUCGCAUUUACAUACUCACUUGGAUACGCAGCUACGAUCGGCCGCAGGCCUUUGCCGAUCUCAUUGCGGGCAUCACACUGGGCCUAACCAUCAUACCACAGAGCAUUGCGUAUGCGGCGCUGGCGGGUCUGUCCUCGGAAUACGGCCUGUACUCGGCAUUUAUUGGCUCCAUCAUAUAUGUGUUCUUUGGCACAAUUCCACAGGUCUCGAUCGGACCCACCAGCCUGAUGGCCAUAAUGACGCUGCAGUUUUGUGCGGACAAGCCGGUGCAGAUGGUCAUCGUGCUGGCCUUUCUCGCCGGCUUUGUCGAGCUGCUCAUGGGCAUCUUUCAGUUGGGCUUCAUAGUCAGCUUUAUACCAGCGCCCGUGACGAAAGCCUUUACGACUGGCACAGCUUUUAUUGUGGUGAUGGCACAGCUGAAGAGUCUGCUGGGCAUUCGUCUGAAGAAGGUGACCUCAAUGGGUGACUACUUUAGCAAUAUUCGUGGUUCGGAUGCCAGCCUGGGCAUUGCUUGCCUUUGCCUUCUGCUCUCACUGCGGCUGCUGUCCCAAGUCAAGUUUAAGCAAGAGACGCCGCUUAAUCAACGCCUGAAAAAGGUGCUCUGGUACAUCAGCAUAUCGCGCAAUGCCUUGGUGGUCUUCUUCAGCGGCCUGCUGGUGUACAUGUGGGUGCACCGGAGCUCGCUGGACGCGGUGCCGUUUGCGCUCUCCUCGAAGGUAUCCUCGGCCAUGCCCAGCUUCAAGUUGCCGCCCUUCGCCUUUGAGUACCAGAAUCGCACCUAUGUGUUCACCGAUAUUCUGCACGAGCUGGGCAGCGGGGUCAUACUGGUGCCCAUUGUGGCCGUGUUGGCCAAUGUGGCUAUUGCCAAGGCCUUCGUCAAGGAUGGCAAGCUGGAUGCCUCGCAGGAGAUGUUGACGCUGGGCCUGUGCAAUUUGGCCGGCUCCUUCUUCAGUGCCAUGCCCACUUGUGGCGCCUUCACGCGUUCCGCGGUCAGCCAGGCAUCGGGCGUGCGCACGCCCAUGGCUGGCAUUUAUACGGGUCUAAUUGUGCUCUCCGCGCUGUCGAUAUUGACGCCCUACUUUCAGUAUAUACCCAGAGCAUCCUUGGCAGCUGUGCUCAUUGCGGCAGUUGUGUUUAUGAUCGACCUGACACCCAUCAAGGAGCUGUGGCCGUCCAACAAGAAGGACUUUUUCAGCUGGACGGGCAGUCUGAUCAUAUGUUUGAUCGCUGGCGUGGAGAUGGGCCUGCUCUUUGGCAUUGUGGUCAGCAUGAUUUGCAUACUGCUGCGUCUGGGCAAUCCCAAAAUCGAGGUCUACCUCAAGCAGCACGAGUCCAACUUCUAUGUGCAUGUGGUGCCCCAGUCGGACAUCUUCUACACGGGCGUGGACACGCUGCGCUCGGAGAUCCGUUCCGCUUGCCUGCUUUACCGCAAUGAUUUUCCAAUUGUCCUGCACUGCGGUCGCUUCAUGCAGUUCGAUGCAACCUUUGUAGAAAUGCUAAUGGCCGUGGCCAAGGAGCUGGCCAGGGACAAGGUGCUGUUAGUGCUGCAGCACAUGAGCCUCAAGCAGCAACAGAUGCUGCCCGUCACCGGGAAUAUACGCUUUUGCGACGACGAUCAGCAGCUAUUCCCACUGGAGGCCAAACAGUAGUCCCCCCCCC